AAUUUGAUGCAUCAAACAACAGAGGCAAGUAGGCUGAGAGGGUGGGGUUAAAGUUUGGAGGGAAGUUGACUGAUUGGUUUACAGGUUUAACAGAAUCCAACCAAUAGGCGACUGACAGACGGGUUUAAAUACGAGAGGCUCCAGCUGCAGGACUUACAUUUCUCUCCUGAGUUUGUGUUUGUUAGAUCAGAACUAAAAUGAGUGGCAGAGGUAAAACCGGCGGUAAGGCGAGAGCGAAGGCCAAGACUCGCUCAUCCAGAGCUGGACUGCAGUUCCCCGUCGGUCGUGUUCACAGACUUCUCCGUAAAGGCAACUAUGCUGAGCGUGUCGGUGCCGGUGCUCCCGUCUAUCUGGCCGCAGUGCUCGAGUAUCUGACCGCUGAGAUCCUGGAGUUGGCCGGAAACGCCGCUCGUGACAACAAGAAGACUCGCAUCAUUCCCCGUCAUCUGCAGCUGGCGGUGCGCAAUGACGAGGAGCUGAACAAACUUCUGGGCGGUGUGACCAUCGCUCAGGGCGGCGUGCUGCCCAACAUCCAGGCUGUGCUGUUGCCCAAGAAGACCGAGAAGCCCGCCAAAUCAAAAUAA